AUGGCAAGAGAUACAAAAAGUAAAGCAAACAAUGUCACGACGACAAAGAAUGUUGAUAAAUCUAACGGACGUUCAUUUUGUUGUUCAAUAUGUAUUUAUACAUUUGUUUUUGUUUCCGGUGUUAUUGUUGCAACAAUCUUGCCUGAUUUAGCCGGUCAUCAUCUUAAACAACCUUAUGCAAAAGAAUAUAGUGUCAUGCUUGAACAAACAUUUAAAGAUUUACCCAAACAUUUGAAUAAUUUCGCUGAAACAGCAAGUGUAAUUCGUCAUAAUUUAAUGGAUCGUUUUUGGGCAAUGAAAGCUGAAAUUGAUCGUCGUGUUGCCGAAAUGAGAAAUAAAAAAGUAGAUACGUCAACAACACAACAAACUACAACGAAAAAAACAACAACACAACGUUCAACAACUAAAACAACAACGACAACUGCUGCAGCAACAAAACAAACAACAACUACUCCUCGCCCAACUACUACUACUCAAACAACAACAACAACUCCUAAACCAACUACUACUACUACCCAAACAACAACAACAACUCCUAAACCAACUACUACUACCCAGACAACAACCACAACAACAGCUAAACCAACUACUACUACCCAAACAACAACAACAACUCCUAAAGCAACUACUACUACCCAAACAACAACCCCUCAACCAACUACAACAACAACCCCUCAACCAACAACAACAACCCCUCGACCAACUACUACUACUACUCAAACAACAACAACUACUCAACCAACUACAACUAAACCAACUACUACAACUACCCAAACAACGACAACUACUCCUCAACCAACUACUACAGAUCAUGUCCAUAAGGUACGUGCACACGAUACAACAAUAGCACCACCAACGUUUACUGAAAAACCAGUUGUCGUUGAAUCUACAACUGUUAAAUCAGAAGAAAAUCGAGAAAAACCAUCAGCAACGAAAGAACUUUAA